CAAGCACUUAAGCCACAGAAGCAAAACUCAAUUUUAAUUCUCCCUGUGAAAAUAAAAGCCUCUGAAAUAUCCAGGUAUCUAUACGAGUGACGUAUAUUGUGCUCUGUGUUACGGCAAGUCAAUCAUCGUCACCACUAAUUUGUGUCGGUUUAAGUGUAUUCGGAGGAAGGAAAUAUGUUUAAAACGUCAUUUGACGGUUAAGGAAAACAUGGUUGAUUCCAGCGGAUCGAUACUGUAAUGAGCGCAGUAAUAAGAAGAUUAAAAAAAUGGCGAUAGGGCGAACGCUGUCUCUGGCAAGGGCAGUAGCAGAAAGGGUUGUAGAGGCGCCAACCGUAAGAGCAAGGCGAGAGGCACUGACAUUGACGGACACGGCUGCUAAAAGAAUUCGUGAACUUCUCGAAUUGCGACAGAAACCCUUUUUGAGAUUGGGGGUCAAGGCUCGCGGAUGCAAUGGACUCUCUUAUACACUUAAUUAUGCAGAUGAGAAAGGAAAAUUUGAUGAACUAGUGGAGGAUAAAGGAGUCCAAGUUUUGAUUGAUCCAAGAGCACUCAUGCAUGUUAUUGGGACUAAAAUGGACUUUGUGGAGGAUAGACUUAAGUCAGAGUUUGUAUUCAUCAAUCCAAAUUCUAAAGGAGAAUGUGGCUGUGGAGAAUCAUUCAAAACAUAAGCACACAUAUAAAGGGCUUAGAUAUCUUUCUUAACUAUUAUUUGGAGGUACUCAAAAUUUUCUUGGGUGCCCAAACACAAUAUUUAUGUAAGUUGUUCUCAUGAGAGGAAAGCAAAGGUUUUAUUCAGCAGAUUAUUGUUUAGAGAGAUCUGUUACCUUCUGGAGCAGGUUUUGGCACAGUUUGGACACAUUCUUAAAUAUCAAAAUGAAAAUUUGUCCAAAUUCUGUAGUAAAGGUGGUCUCAUCUUCACCCACAAUAAAUAUAGCUUUAAUGUUCGUUUCUUAGAUUUUGGACUUAUGAACUAGACAUUUUGUUUUGAGAUUAAAUGACAGAAUUAAUGUCUUGGAGAAGAAAAGAGCCGGUCAGAUGUGAAAUUGAGUUUAGAGGAAAUGCCCUAAAAUCGAUGGGCUCUUGUACAAAAUUAUUUGAAAGGAUUCAGAGCAGGUAAAACAGAGCCAAAGACAUCUCUUGACAAUAUAUGUAAAACAAAAGUUUCAAGCGACAAUUUCUAAUUCUAAAGCAAAAUGAC